AUCGUGUAUUUCCCCACCCUACUACUACUUACUACCCCCACGAGUGGAUUCAGAUGAAAUUGAGACUUGUUCUGUCACUAAUGCUUUUCCUGUUUCUAUUUGUUGCUCCAAAAUUCACACACACGAACACACACAAAAAACCUCUCUAUUUCAAGAUUUCUUUAACCAGAACAUGACGUUUUUGUAGCAGCACCCGCACGCUCGCACGUCUCUCUCUCUCUCUCUCUCUCUCUAGAUCACAAACACACACACUCACACACACAGAGACACACAUAUCAAGACAUCUGCUUUAUAUACCAAACUUAAAUAACAACAACUAACAAAUGAAAUGAAACUAUUGUUUCUUGUUCAAUGGCCAUGACUUUUUCAGACUCAUUUCGUUCUCUCUCUCUCAACACUCACAACACUUCAUCAUCAGACCCUAAACACAAUUUCUAUAACCAAGAAGAUGAAGAGGAUGAAGAAGAAGCUGAAGAGCUUGACCUUAACCUCAGUGGCAACAAUGGCAGAAUAAUCAAACCAACAAAGACUUGUGCAAGAGGCCAUUGGAGACCAGCUGAAGAUGCUAAACUUAAAGAACUUGUUGCUCUUUAUGGUCCCCAAAAUUGGAACCUUAUUGCUGAAAAACUCCAAGGAAGAUCAGGGAAGAGUUGCAGAUUAAGAUGGUUUAACCAAUUAGAUCCAAGAAUUAACAGAAAAGCUUUUAGUGAUGAAGAAGAAGAAAGACUGAUGACUGCUCACAGAAUGUACGGAAACAAAUGGGCAUUGAUUGCAAGACUUUUUCCAGGUAGAACUGAUAAUGCUGUCAAGAAUCAUUGGCAUGUCAUCAUGGCUAGAAAGUAUAGAGAACAGUCAAAUGCUCAUCGGAAAAGAAGAAUGCUCAUUCAAAACCAAAUUCAAACCGGUUUAAGAUCCGACACCGUCACUCCGCCACCACCGCCACCACCGAUGUUAAUCGCCACCGAUGCUCCGCCACCUUACAAUGCCAUGUAUCCUCAUCAACCCCCGUUUGGAGUCAUCUCCGGUGGUAAAAACAACAAUCAGAUGAUGAUGAUGAUGGACAUCUUCAAUAGCAAGAACAACACAUGUUGGGAUAACAUAUCAUCAUCAUCAUCAACAUCAAACACAUCAUGGAUGAUGGGCACUAAUAGCACCAACACUACUGAUUUCUAUGACCAUCACCAUCAACAAUAUCAUGAUCUUGAUCAUGAACAACAUGCAGCUUCAAUGGUGAUGAGGAGUGCUGGUAUUAGUCAUGAGUAUUACCAUUAUCAUCAUCAUUCUGUUUAUAACAGUAGUGGCAGUUUCUCAUCAGUUGGAGAUAAUAUUUCAACCAUUAGUACUGCCCCUUCAGAAGCAGCAGCAGCACCACCACCACAAGUUUUACAAAGCCAGCAGUUUUCUGAAGCUAAUAUUGACAUUUCGCCACCUCUUAUAGACUUUCUUGGAGUCGGAGCCACUUGAAAAUUCAUAUUUUAUAAUCUAUCACUUGUGUUUAAUAUUAGUUAUAUUAUCUCUAUUUAAUCUUUUUAGUUUAUGUCAAAUUGAAUUGUUUGUCAAUUUAUUAAUUAUUAAUCAUUCCCAUUUAUUUUC